AUGUUUCCUCGCUCGUCCCUCAGUGUUUUGCAGGCUUUGGCCUGUGCGGGAGGCGCUCAUGCCAUUGUCAACUACUCCCACCCUGCUCUGCUCACCGAUAUCAGCGAGAUCUCGAAGCAUUGGGGCCAGAUUUCUCCCUACAGCGACAAUGCCGCUGAUAUCUUCGGCGUGAAGGACGUUGGCCUCCCUGACGGCUGCCAAAUCGAGCAAGUUCAUACCAUGCAACGCCACGCCCACCGCUUGCCCAUUCACUGGAUCGAUGAUGGCAACAACAAUUUGGAUUUCGUUUACAAGCUGGGCAACUGGUCUGCGACGGCUAACACUACGAGCUCCUUCACUGGCCCGCUGGACUUUCUGAACCGCUAUCGCUAUCUUAUGCCUUCUCUGGGCCUGUUGACCGGCCAAGGUGCUGUCGAGGAGGUGAAGGCUGGGGUUUCUUUCUGGGACAAGUAUGGCCGCACGCUCUACGACGCCGAGACCGGUCAAUUAUCCUACGACCCCAAGUAUCCUAAUGGCACUUUGAGAGAGAAGCCGCUUCUGCGCACAACCUCGCAGCCGCGCAUGUACAACAGUAUGCUGAACUGGGCGAUCGGCUUCUUUGGCCCUACUUUCAAAGCCGACCCCGAUCAGUCUAUUCCGACGCUGGGAAACUGGACGGAUGACUUCGACGUCUUGAUCAUUCCGGAGGGAGGCACUGAGAACAACACCCUAGCCUCGUACGACAGCUGUUUCAACGAUCUCGAAUCAGGCAUUGGCGACAUCGGAGACCAAGAUGUUUUCAAGUACCUUCCCGUAUAUCUCCAAGACGCUACGGAACGACUGCAAAGAUACGCGCCUCAAGGAUUCAGCUUCAACGUCAACAACACGUACGCUAUGCAGAUGAUCUGUGCCUACGAGAUGCAAUACAUCGGACAGUCUGACUUCUGCGGCCUCUUCACCGCUGAUGAGUGGACCGGUUUCGAGAACACGCUUGACAUUGCCUACUACUACGACUACGCCUUCGGCAACCCUACGGGCCGCGCGCAGGGCAUUGGCUACGUGCAGGAGCUGCUUGCACGUCUGCAGAACCAGUACAUCACCUGGUCGAACUCCUCUGUCAACUCUACCAUUACCGAUAACCCAGACGACUUCCCGCUCGGCCGCGCUUUCUAUGCCGAUUUCUCGCACGACGACAUCCUCGUCUCUGUCUUGACAGCCAUGAGCGUCGAUUACUUCCGCGACGCACCAUCCCUGACCGAAUUCCCACCCAACCCGGACCGUCAUUUCAAUCUGGCGCGACUGACGCCCUUUGGCGCACGCCUUAUCACCGAAGUAAUUGGUUGCACUACUCCCGACCCCGCCGCUGUGAGUGAGAAGCGUACGUUCUACUACCCUGAGCAAUACGGUUAUGACGCGGCCAAGGCUACACACAAGUUUGUCCGCAUGCGUCUGAACGAUGGCAUCGUACCGUUGGAGAGCAUCAGGGGUGGCUUUUGUGAGGGUCGGACGGACGGUCUGUGUGCACUUGACAAGCUCAUCGAGAGUCAGAAGGAUUCGUAUGAGCUGAGCAACUACGAUUACGCGUGUUUCGGUAACUAUACUCUCGACGACCCUACGAACGGCCAUGACUAUGAUGGAACGAUUAGUGAGCAGAAGUGA